AUAUGCAAAGUUUCGCCGGGGAGGGUGAAGGAUUAACUAAAUUUGUUUUGGAAGGUUGUGCGAGAGUAGAGUGUUGUGACAAUAGUUUUUGAAUUGUGCUUUAUAAACUGUAUUUUCUUUAAUGUGGUUUUACCCACUGAAGACCUUGCAGUUCUGCACGUUAUGACAUAUUUAGCUACAGUUGUAGGUGUAGUGGUUUACUACAGCAUUCAGUGUUGAAUGUAUUGCGUUAAGCCACGAAGAGAAGUUUUUCGAACGUUCCUUCACGUCUUCUAGUGUACGGUGGACAGAGUGAAUCAUCAUGUCAAGUCAUUGUAUUAAUAAGUUGUGACACUUUGGACGUCAAAGUAUAUUGUUGGCUUCAUGAAAGCCUGUAUAGGUGUUAUCAGAAUAUCAUGAGGACCACUCAUUCUGAAGAAGGAAACAAAACAUUACUUUACCCAUUACAUACUUCAAGAAGGAGAACUGUCUAGCAAACAUUCCUAUUGCAGAAGCUAACAUGAUGUUCCGCUCUGGGAUGCGUCGGAAUGUUAGAAUGCUUCUUGUCGGUGAAAGAGGUGUAGGAAAAACAUCGCUUAUCCUCUCACUCGUCAGUGAAGAAUUUCCUGAAGACGUACCUAGCAAGGCGGAAGAAAUUAUAAUCCCACCAGAUGUUACACCUGAACAAGUACCUACACACAUUGUAGAUUAUUCAGCUGCUGAACAGUCAGAAGAAAUGUUAACUGAUGAAAUUCAACGCGCCCAUGUCAUAUGUAUUGUGUAUUCCGUGGAGGAUGAAAUAUCAUUUGAGAAAAUAACUACAUAUUGGCUACCACUCAUAAGAGAAUGUAAUCCAGAUCGUCGCUGCCCUGUGGUUCUUGUUGGAAACAAAGUUGAUUUGGUAGACUAUUCCACUAUUGAAAGUGGUAUCGGUGUUAUGGAUGAAUUCCCAGAAAUUGAAAGCUGUGUUGAGUGCUCGGCAAAGACCCUGAAGAAUAUCUCGGAGAUGUUUUACUAUGCACAGAAGGCCGUCCUGCAUCCAACUGCUCCACUUUACACCGUGGAGCGCCAAGAUCUCACAGAAGAAUGUAAGGCAGCACUAACAAGAAUUUUUAAGAUCUGUGACGUGGACAAUGACGAGUUACUAAAUGAUGAGGAGCUGAAUUUUUUCCAAAAACGGUGUUUCAAUGCCCCAUUGCAGCCACAGGCAUUAGAAGAUGUAAAAUCUGUCUUAAGACGCAAUUUAUCAAAUGGAGUUUCAGGAAAUGCAAUCACAAAAAAUGGUUUUCUGUUUCUUCAUUGCCUCUUUAUUCAGAGGGGAAGAAAUGAAACAACUUGGACUGUGCUACGCAAAUUUGGAUAUAAUGAUAAUCUUCAAAUAGCGCAAGAAUUCUUGCAUCCACCUCUUCGAGUGCACAGUGGCUGUACUACGGAACUGAGUCACAAGGGUCAACAGUUUCUUUCCACAUUAUUCAAUCAUCAUGACAAGGACAAAGAUGGAGCCCUUUCACCCAAAGAAUCUGAAAGUCUCUUUUCAGCGUGUCCUGUUCCCCUUUGGGGCAAUGACAUGUGCAACACUGUUAUAACAAAUUCUCAGGGUUGGAUUACCUUGCAAGGUUACAUGUGUCAGUGGACAUUGAUCACAUUGCUUGAUGUGCAAAAAACAUUUGAAUACUUGGCUUAUCUUGGAUACAACAUUAUUGAAAAUGAAAGCCAGCUGUCUGCUGUAAUAGUUACAAGAGAGAAACGUCUAGAUCUACUGAAGAAGCAAUCUGGACGCAAUGUGUACCAGUGUCACGUAAUCGGUCCGAAAGGAUCAGGGAAAUCGAUGUUUUGCCGAAGCUUUAUAGGACAAACAGUUGAGACAGUUACUGAGACAGCGUUGCUUGAUAAUCCACAAUGCACAAUAAACACUGUGCAGGUAUAUGGGCAAGAGAAGUACUUAAUGCUGCGUGAUAUUGAUGUGCGGAAUGUUUCUGAACCAUUAACACCAUCGGAAGUACAAUGUGAUGUAGCCUGCCUUGUUUAUGAUGUCAGUGAUCCAAAGUCCUUUGAAUACAUUGCCCGAUUAUUUUUGAAAUAUUUCAUCGAUACAAAGAUCCCAGUUCUGAUAGUUGCUAACAAAAGUGAUUUGGAGGAGGUACAUCAAGAUUAUUUACUACAGCCCUCCAGCUUCUGCAGUCGAUAUAAAUUACCGCCUCCCCAUCCAUUCACAGCAUCAAAGAAAAUUAAACGAGACAUCUAUGUUAAACUGGCAACAAUGGCAGCAUUUCCUCGAUUUCAGGCAGCUUGGAUAUUAUUCUACAAGACAAGCAACCUACGUCGCUUGGUUCAUGUUCUUUUAUUGCGAUCACAACCCAGUGAAUGGUUCAAUCAAUACUUCAGGCAUUUGAAACAUUUGAAUAUAUUCAACGGUGAUUCAGCCGUUUGGUGGAAGGCAGGACUUGGGAUUGCUGCAGCUACUGCUGUGGGACUGCUUGUCGUUAAAGUUCUCAAAGCUGAACGAAGAUAGUCUUCCAGUUGCAGAUACAAUAAUGGAGAAAAUUCUCUUUGUGCAAUAAAUUUUCUAUAAUCAUUAUUUAACAGUAAUUUAUACUGUGCAUAUAUUUUUGUACAUUCAUAUUAUAAAUAUGCUGGGCCAAAUAUGCAAAGGGGAAGAAAACACUACCUUUCAAGAGUACAAAGCUCAUAAUUAUUGCACCUGUAAAUUUGGUGUAAAGAUUAUCUGGCUGCUGCAAUUGAUUUUUAGUUUUUGUACAUAUUUAAUACAAAUAUCAGAAGUCAUCAAUAUUAUUAACAUGCUGUGUGUAUUUUAUUAAAAUCAUUAACAUUUUCAUGAGUAAAUAAUUUAUGGCAUGUGUGUAUGACAAAUAUGUCAAUUCAUCAUCAUUGUGAAUAUGGUUUUUUGGACUUUUAGAAAGUAGCUAUCAAACAAGUAAGUGCUCAUUCACUUUAAGUGACUGAAUACUGUUUUCAAGGCAUAUUGUGUUGUUUUUUGCUAAAAAGGUAAGUCAUUUUCAGUUAUAAGUGGAUGCUGCAGUGUCCGUAAAUGAGUAUUAUAAAUGAAGAAUCUAGCUACAGAACUUGGAGUCAAAGUGUAUGAGUAAAAUACUCACUGAAAUUACAACAGUUGUAGUACAACUAACAAAAACACUGGAAAGUAGAUACGGACCUCAGAAAUAAUGUAACCUGAGACUGGUAUCAUAGAAUCUGUUGUGGUAUACAGAAUAAUAUGUGGAUGAUGAGUAAUAAUUAGCAGCAGAAAGGAAAACUUUGUCCCUGCCUUAGUUACAUUGGAUGCUGGUUCACUUUUUACUGUCCUUUCUUUAUUCCGUGGCCUUUCUAUCCAAUAACAGUAUUUGAUGUUAUCUGGUUUCUGUCUUUCAGAGAAGAGAGCCCAUUUUCUCAAAAUGUGAAAGACAAUUUUUUCUGUGUAGUUCUUUUGCUAGUUACACCACAGCAGUUGUUUUUCUGAGUAUAACUUUUCUUAUCUGAGGUUUUGUUUGUUUAUUUAAUAUGCUGAUGGCAAUAUGAGUGCUAUACUUUUUUUGUAUAUGUGAUAAAACGACAAAAUUCUAGAGAUUUUCAUUCUUCACACAAUAGGGUAGAUGACCCCUCUGAAGCACAUGAUCUUGACAUACUGUGUACAUUCAGUAUAGGUAACUAAAUGAUAAAUGUAACACGAGUGAAAAGUUCACUAGCCACUAUUACUUGUGUUUGCAUUCAUGUGUAGUCUUACAGUUUUGUAAGAUAGGUUUUAAAUCAAACCAGACACUGAAAUAGUUUAAUUUUUUCUGUAUUUCAUAAUUGUAUGCAUAUACCACUGCAUUACACACUGUACCUUGAGCUCUAAAAAGGAGUAUAAGUCUACCUUGCUUGGAAUUGAAACUUAAGCAUACACUCAAAUCCUCCUUUAAACAUUUUAUUUCUCAAUGUAUGAUAUGUAUAUAUGCAUCGGAGAUGUGUAAAACAAUAGGUGCUAAAUUAAUCCAGUAAAACUUUACCCUUGCUGAUGAUAGUAUAGUACGCAAUUAAUGCUCAGAGGACUCAUAUUUUAAUUAUUAUGCUCAAGUCACAGUUUUCUGGUAUUUAUGAGGGACAUGCACAUCUACAGCAGUUGUACUUAAUAUGUAGUUAAUUUGUGUUUGGUGUAGUAUUGAAUGUAACAACAAAAGUAAUACUGUUUUUCCCAUACUAGUCACUUAAUGAGAAUGUUGUGUAGGUUAUAUUUAUUUAUAAUUUAUUAUUUAAAUUAUUUGCAUAUAUCUAGUAGUUUCAGUCUAUAAAAUUAUGUUCAUAAUUUGUUGUUAAAUUUUUAUGGGUAAAUUAUUUUAUAUAUAGUGGUUAAGAAAAUAUAAACUUGUGGCAAGAGGCAGAGACUGACUGACUUUCAAUUCUUUCUUGUCUAGCAGCAUAAAAGAUACUGCAGCUCUUUCAGGUUAAUUAUGCAUUUUAGUUACAAUGGUGCUAGUGAAGAAAUAUGUUCAUCCAGUGUGGAGUAUUAUAACAAAUAUCAAUUCUAAGUGUUAUUGUUAACAAUACUGACAAGAUAAUCUAGUGAUUUACGAACCUGUGCAACGACAGAUGUUUAUCUGUCAGCUAGGGGUCGUUAUUUCAAGGGUCAGUUUACACGUAUAGAUAAGUGUCUGUUAACACAACUGACAUUUAUAGUAUGUUUGCAAUGUAAAAGUUAAUGUACUGCGCAGUUAUGGUGAAGACUGCAUGAACAUUUGUUCUAAGAUUUUUGUUUAUGAGGAAAGCAUAGAUAAUAACAAAGGGAUAUGCGUAAGUAAUGGUAAAAAUCUGUCACGUAUGGUAUCCAUGUAGUGAAUCCAUGUAUGUCUCCAUAUUCUUCAAAAACCAUUUCCCUAUGGUGAGGUGAUUAGUUGCUACAGUUUGGGAAGAAAAAAAUUAUAAAAGUUACUUGUGUAGCAGUGCAGUGAAAGCAGAGAAUAAAAUUGCUUACAAACCCAUGUGUGUUGUUAUGGUGUAAUCAGUGAGAAGCGGGCAUUUAGGAAACAGAAAUGACAAUGACUUGGUGACAUUAAUCAUUACAUUGCUGAAUUCAUUGAGGAUGAAUGGCAUUUUGAGAUGGGGAUAAACGGUUAGAAUAAGCAACAUAUCGGACAACAAAGGUGUUUUUUAGAUACAUAUCUUAGAACUGCCAAGUUUUAUGCGUAAUGACAUUAUUGUUUUGUGUUUGGGGGGACAUUCUCAUGUACUUGACAGAGUGCUCAUAUCACGAGCAUCAGAUCACUGAGAAACCAGUCAACAAGGAAAUAACUCAUAAUCAUUAUUGUAUUUGUAGUCUUAUUGACUUUUUGGUCAUGUGAAUGGGAUUAACACAUAAACUGUUUUUCUCUCUUCCCUUCCCCUAGUCCUUCUCCUUUCCUUUCCUUUGUCUUUUCAACAUGUUUCUUUUUUCUGUGUACUUGUCAGUAACAGUUGAUGUGGUUAUGGAGGAGUAAACUUUGUGCAGGACCUUCUGCCUUCUUAAUUUCAAUUUCGAUAGAAAGAGGGACUUCCACAUUUGAAGUAGUGGCUAAGUUUCAAUAUCGCAGGCAUCGGCUUUUCUGGUGUGUGACUCCAACCUUCCCCUUCCUUGUUUUUGUAGCAUUUGACAUGGCAUCUGCUCCACAAUGUGUUAUUACCUGUUUUAAUGACACAACAAUGCUCUUGUAAAACAGUUAGUUGUGACAAACUGUUAGUUUGGUUAUUACAAGGGCUAUUCAGAAAGUAGGGAACGUUUUGACAUUUAAAAAAAAGCUAAGUACAAGAAAUACAUUUUAUUAUAUACAUCUGAAAGAGCAACUGACGUACUACUUUUCCACAUAGUCAUCGAACACAUUGAGGCACUUAUCAUAGUCGUGGACAAGUUUUCAAAGACGUUCUUCAUAAAAUUUUGCUGCCUGAGCAGCCAUUGAGUCACGCCCGCCUGGAGUUCCACGUCGUCAUCGGAGUGCUGCGUUGCAAGCCAGUUCUUCAUCUUGGGAAAUAAAUGAAAAUUGGUUGGUGCAAGAUUGGGGCUGUAGGGCAGUUGAGGGAAAUUUUCCCAUUUGAAUGAAUAAGGAGUUCUUUAGUGUGGUUUGCCAUGUGAGGUCGGGCAUUGUCGUGCAAAAACAAGAUUUUGGAUGUUCCUCAGCAUUUGUUCUGAACUGCUCUUCUAAGGCUGUGCAAAGUUUGACAGUACCGAGCAAAAUUUAUGGUUGCUCUACAUUCGAGAAAAUCAAUAAGAAGCACACCUUGCCUAUCCCAAAACACUGUCGCCGUCAACUUCCUUACCAACAAGAUUUGCAAACAUUUUCUUGGUUUUUAGGGGGCCUUGGGUGCCCCCACUCCAUGGACUGUAAUUUUGUCUCGCAGUUGACGUGUUUCACCCAAGUCUCAUCACCGGUUACGAUUAAGUCCUGUAAUGAAUCACCACGUAUGUGGUGGGCCUCCAGAAAUGAUAACGUUGCCCCCAUUCGCUGUUCUUUAUGGUGCUCUGUUAGCAUUUUUGGCACCCAUCAUGCAUAAAAUUUGUGGUAGCCUAGCUUUUAGUAACAAUUUCAGACAACAAAGUCCGUGAAACUUGUGGAAAAGAAAGCGAAAGCUCCAUUAUUGUGAAGCGAGGGUUUUCACUAAUCAUUUCAUCAACUUUAACGACAAGUUCAUCAGUCACAAUGCUCAGGUGUCCACUCUUCUCUUCAUCAUGAACGUUGGUUUGGCCAUUAUUAAACUGAAAGCACCAUUUCCAGAUGGAACUUUUGUUCAUUACAUUGUUUCCAUACACUUCACACAGUUCACGAUGAAUUUCUAUAGGUUUUAGGUUUUUUGCCAACAAAAACCAUAUCACAGACAGCACCUCACAACUGGUGGGAUUUUCAAUUGCAGCGUACUUUUCAAAUUCGAAUAUAAAAAGAACCAGACGUGCAGAGAUGUGUCCAUUGUCACAGAUGGAUGCUGACUGAGCUGCCGAGCACGCACAUACCAAAAUAUACGCAAUCGGCGUGUGCCUAGCAUGUUAGAUGGAAACAUUCCCUACUUUCUGAAAAGCCCUCGUAUAAAGAGAUAGCUUGGCUGGCCAAUAUGUCUCUGUAAUCAUCAUAUUUUUCUGAAUUAAAUUUUCCUUUUGACACAGUACUUAUUAUUCGUUACAGUCAUAGGGGAAAACAUAUAGUGCUUCCCUCUCAAUUAAAAUAUGCAAAUUUUACAGGUUAUGCAUAAACUUGUGGAAUGUAGAUGUCGAAGGUGGUGUUGAAAAGAACAGAUAUUUCAAAGCAUCUAAUAAUAUUGUUGGGUAACUCUAAAUGAUGACAUUGUUGGGUAGUUAUAUAAUUCUGCACUUUAAUUCUCACUGAAAGUGAUUAAUCAUUGUAUUCCUGUUGUGUGUUUGGAUGGUGAAAUAAAUACACUCUAAUGCAAAAAGAGAGAGACAAGGUGGAGGAAUUAUCCAAAUGGGACAAAAAUCAGUAGAUGGUAUACAUAUUUACAGGCAAACGAAUGAUCACAAUAUCAGAAAAAUUGGGUGAUUUGUUCAAGAGAAAAAGCUUCACAAAUUGAGCAAGUCAGCGAUGCAGUGGUCCAUCUCUUGCCCUUAUGCAAGGAGUUAUUCAGCUUGGUAUUGAUUGAUACAGUUGUUGGAUGUCCUCCUGAAGGAUAUUGUGCCACAUUCUGCCCAAUUGGCACAUUCAAUCAUCAGAAUCCCGAAAUGGUUAGAGGCCAUACCCAUAAUGCUCCAAAUGUUUUCAGUUGGGUAGAGUGUCAGCAACCUUGCUGAUCUGGGUAGGUUUUGAUGAGCACGAAGAUAAAUUGUAGAGACCCUUGCCACGGAUGGGCAGGCAUUAUCUUGCUGGAAUGUGAGCCCAGGAUGACUUGCAAUGAAGGGCAACCAUAGGGGCAUAGAAUGUUGUCAACAUACUGCUGUGCUGUAAGGUUUCUGCAGAUGACAGACUAAAGGAGUCUUGACAUGAAAAGAAAUACCACCCCAGGUUGUUGGGCUGUAUGGCGGACAACAGUUGGGUUGGUGUUCCACCACUGUCCAGGGUGUCUCCAGGCAUGCCUUUGCUGGUUGUCGGGGCUCAGUUCAAAGUGCAACUCAUCACUGAAGACAAUUUUAUUCCAGUCAAGGAGAUUCCAGGCUGAAGACAUGUCUGGAGACACCCUGCACAGCAGUGGAAUACCAGCCAUACAGUGCAACAGUCAGGAGUGAUGGUGUGGGGGGGCUAUUUCAUUUCGUUGCAGGAUCCCUUUGGCUGUUAUCUGCAGCAUCCGUACAGCACUGUGGUAUGUUGUUGAUUUUCUACAUCGUGUUUUGUUGCCCUUCACGACAAGCCACCCUGAGCUUAAAUUCCAGCAAAGUAAUGCCUGCUCAUGCACGGCGAGAGUUUCUACUGCUUGUCUUUGUGCUUGCCGAACCCUACCUUGGCUAGCAAGGUUUCUAAAUAUCUCCCCAGUUGAGAACGUUUGGAGUAUCAUGGGAAGGGCCCACCAACAAGAUCAUUGAACCUAUAUAACUCCUUAUAAAUCAGUGCCAAGCCAAACAAAUGCUUGCGUAAGGGCUAGAGGUUGAUCAAUGUGCUAAUGACUUCCUGAGUUUGUGACCCUCUUUCUCUUAAAUAAGUUGUCCAAUUUUUCUGAAUUACAAUCCUUCGUUUGUCUGUACAUGUACAUCAGUCCCACUGAUUUUCAUCCAAUUCAGAUAAGUCCUUUGUGGUGCAUAAUUUUGUUUGUCUUUGUAACUGUAUCAUGUGAAUGACUAAUGUAACUGUUUAUUCACUGUUGUGUCAAGUAUUUUUUAUAUAGUAAUUGUGGGAUAUGCUAUCACAUUGCCUCCUGCAGUCAAAAAAAUUAGGAAUUUUGUUCGGCAGGCAGAACACAAAAGCCACACUAUGCCUUGCCAUCACUUAUAGAAUAUUCUGUUCUUAAUUUCUUUCAUGCUGAAAAGUAUUUCCAUUGCCAAGCACUACCAGAUAUCACAGGUUCAUCAUAUGUAAGCACUAAUUAAACUAUGUUUAACACUACUUACAUUAUGAUCGCCUUGGGUUAAAACAGCUCCAUGGAGAUUUCACUCAAUCUAAUUUACUUGACUUCUUUGAGUUUGUUACACAUUUGGCCUGGAAACUGUAAUGCAGACUGGGUGCAAAGUAGACAAGUACAAGUAUUUACUGAGAAAUAUAUAUAUCUGAAUGUAACAUUAUAAGCCUCUUCGUUUUGCCUUUGUAUUGGGUUGCUUGCAACAGACCAAGAGCUGGUUGUACAUGAUUUGUUAACAAUGUAUAAUUAUUGUUAACAUCAAUAACUAUUGUAUUAGUUAUUUACUGUUUGUGUUGGCUGACCUGGUAUUUGUCAUCGUACAAAACGAGAUCCAUUUUUCAACACUCAGUUCUUUCUAGAACU